UUGCCUUCCCCACCGUAGUAGUGAACAAGGAAGACCUUCCCGACCGACCACAGCAGUACAGCAGCAGAGAGAGGCACGGAUGAGGUCAGGACUAUCGCCGUGGACCCUGCCAGGCAGUUACUGCACAUCGCCAAUAUUACAUAGCGCACUCGGUGUUCCUGGAGUUCAACUCCGGUGGAACUUGAGGAUGCUGGUCAAGAACCGUGGCUUGCCCGCGGCGCUGGGAGGGCACUACAACGAAUACCUUGUGGAGCUGGUCCAGCGGGCCACGGCGGACUGGGAGGCGAGUUGCCCCGUCCCCCCGCAGUAUCCGGCCGCCAUGGACCCAGAAGGCACGGGCGAGAGGAGUGGGCUCGCCCGGAGUCUGUUAGACAGCACCGCAACUUGAGAUUUAUCACAAGGAGCACUGGCGGCACUGGCGGCACUGACGGCGGGCGAACAUGCGUUGAUGAUGUAGCCAAGCAGGAACAAUCGCUCUCCGCUUCGAUCUUCAACAGCGCGGGGAUGGGGCUGCGUUGGAGGGCUCGAUUGGAGAGAUGCAGCCUGUUCUUACGGACGCCGCAAUCUGGUGGAGGGCUUGCCUUGCGGGGGGAGGGAGCGGGUGUGGGAUGAAGGCAGGGAGGGGGCUUGCACCGCCGUCCGCGCUGCGCAAGCUGCUGGAGGAGUGGCUGCACCCGGAGGGGAGGCACGUAGAGAGGCCGGCACCAGUGUUUUGGUCGCCACUAACGCUGCGCCAACUGCUGGACUGUUGGUGGUGAUGCUGAGGGGGGGGGGGGCAGCGAUGGUGGCAAGCGGCCGCGGAAGCCGACAUUCGUUGAGUGCUAGAGUGUGGGCACUGCAUUUCCGCCUCACGUUUCUGUCGCCUGCCAACCUUGGCUGAUGACGGCCAUAAUAGCGCGGGGGUGACGUGUCCCAGACGACAGGAAGAGGAGUUACUCCCAUAGAAUUGCGAGGGUGUGCGCUGCGGUGGCACAAGGUACGGAAAUUAUUUUUGGUGCCGAAGACGAGCUCUUGCUUCGUUUGAGGCCAGCAAGCGAGACGAGAGAAACAUGUACCACAUCGGUUUUUGUAGGCCAAGGCGUGGUUGCGGGUGGGUGUGGUUGACAAGAGAUAUUCUUUAUGUUUGCCGGCGAGGACUGCUUGGAAAAUAUGUGACCGUGUGACGACUGGUCUGGUGUUUUUCGUGCACUCUUGAGCUUCUUCUGUUUUUGCUCUGGAUUCACGUGUUGUGUGUAUGUGCUGUCCCAUUUAUUCUGGACGUCAUUUUUUUGCACGUUUCGAUACAUACCACGGUGUCUGUUUUCUGGACGCAGCAUCAACCGGGGUCAGGAGGGAGGAAGGCCACACAACAGGAAUUUUCGUGUGUCCUUCUGCGGUGCUCACUUUAUUAUUGAAUGCGAAAAUAAUCCAGCAGACGCUUUCCAUCGUCGACCGC